UAACCUCAAUAUUGCAUUCCGCUGAUUCGCACAAUUUCACUCGUGGUUACGUGUAUUGCGUGGACUUUUUCUUAAGUUUAGGAUGGAAGAAAAUCAAGCAGAACCUCCUAAGACUGCCAAGCAGCUAGAGAAAGAGGCGAAGAAGCAAGCCAAACUCGAAAAAUUCAAGUUGAAACAACAGAAUGUCGAGACGAAACCAAAACCUGCCGCCGAGAAAAAAGAGAAGAAGAAGGAAGUUAAGAAAGAUGCAGCUGUCUAUUCUGGAAAUACAGCUGAUGGUGAAAAGAAGGACUUGUCAGGACCAAUGCCAGACGCCUACAGCCCUCAGUAUGUUGAAGCAGCUUGGUAUAACUGGUGGGAGAAGGAAGGAUUUUUCAAACCCGAAUAUAAUCGGAAAUCAAUUUCAGAACCUAAUCCUAAAGGGCAAUUUGUCAUGGUGAUACCGCCACCCAACGUAACCGGCUCUCUACACCUGGGGCAUGCUCUUACUAACGCUGUAGAAGAUGCUAUCACAAGAUGGCAUAGAAUGAAAGGUCGCACUACGCUUUGGGUUCCAGGCUGUGAUCAUGCUGGUAUAGCCACUCAAGUCGUCGUGGAAAAGAAGCUUUGGAGGGAAGAGAAGAAGACAAGGCAUGAUAUCGGAAGAGAAAAAUUUGUUGAAAAAGUUUGGGAAUGGAAGAGAGAGAAAGGGGAUAGAAUUUACCUACAGCUUCGGAGACUCGGGUCCUCUUUGGACUGGGAUAGAGCCAGCUUUACAAUGGAUCCAAAAUUAUCCCGAGCAGUAGUCGAGGCAUUUAUCAGGCUGUACGAUGAGGGUGACAUUUACAGGAGUGAUCGACUUGUCAAUUGGUCUUGUACUCUAAAAUCAGCCAUAUCUGAUAUUGAGGUAGACAAAAUUGAACUGACCGAAAGAACUUUUCUACCUGUUCCUGGUUAUGAAAAUAAAGUAGAAUUUGGAGUUUUGGUCCUAUUUAAGUACGAAGUAGAAAAUAGUGAUGAAACAUUGACCGUAGCUACUACGCGUAUUGAAACAAUGCUGGGGGAUACAGCAGUAGCUGUUCAUCCUAACGAUAGCCGGUAUAAGCAUCUUGUAGGCAAAACUGUCAAACAUCCUUUCUGUGAUCGGAAAAUACCUAUUAUUGCUGACGAUUUUGUUGAUAUGCAGUUCGGAACAGGAGCUGUUAAAAUUACUCCAGCUCAUGAUCAUAACGAUUAUCAAGUUGGGCUACGUCACAAGUUGCCAUUCAUUACUAUCUUAAGCGAUGAGGGCUACAUCAUCGGAGAUUAUGGAAAAUUCACGGGGAUGAAAAGAUUUGAUGCCAGGAAAGCUGUAUUAGAAGCGUUGAAAGAAAAAAAUCUUUUCGUCGAAGUUAAAAAUAAUCCUAUGGUCGUUCCAAUCUGUAGUAGAUCUAAAGAUGUUGUUGAACCUCUGCCAAAACCACAAUGGUACGUCAAGUGUGAUGAAAUGGCAAAGAAGGCAAUGCAAGCAGUGAACAGUGGAGAGUUGAAAAUUAUCCCUGAACAGCACAAGAAAAUAUGGUUCCAUUGGAUGGAAAAUAUCAGAGAUUGGUGUGUAUCUCGUCAGCUUUGGUGGGGUCAUCGGAUCCCUGCUUAUCACGUCACUGUGAAUGAUCCUACAUUCUUGGAACGCCCUGACAUUAAAAGCAAGACUCCUCAAGAACUUGAGAAUCACUUAUGGGUUUGCGAAAGAUCUGAAGCAACCGCUUUGAAGAAGGCUGCCAAGAAACUCAAUGUUGAUGAAUCAAAAUUAGUUUUGAAACAAGAUGAAGAUGUGUUGGACACCUGGUUUUCAUCUGGUUUAUUCCCGUUCUCUGUAUUUGGCUGGCCGGAACAGACUGAAGAGCUGAAUGCAUUCUACCCUGGUACCCUAUUAGAAACUGGGCAUGACAUCAUUUUCUUCUGGGUCGCAAGAAUGGUCUUUUUUGGACAAAGAUUGUUGAAUAAAUUGCCUUUCAAAGAAAUUUUCCUCCAUCCAAUCGUCCGAGAUGCGCAUGGUCGUAAAAUGAGCAAAUCAUUAGGUAAUGUCAUAGAUCCAAUCAGCGUUAUUCAUGGUAUAUCACUUGAACAACUUCAUGCUCAGCUUUUGGAGGGAAAUUUGGACCCGAAAGAAUUGGAGAAAGCAAAGCAAGGUCAGAAGCAGGAUUAUCCAAAUGGUAUCCCAGAGUGCGGUACUGACGCCCUUCGUUUUGCCCUUUGCGCCUACAUGUCUCAAGGUAGAGACAUCAACUUGGACAUCCUGCGGGUGCAAGGAUAUCGUUUCUUCUGUAACAAGCUUUGGAAUGCUGUCAAAUUUGCCCUUAUGUACUUCAACGAUAAGCCAAAGACUGAAAGCUCGGAUAAAACUGAAAGUGUUAUGGACAAGUGGAUCAAAAGCAGAUUAGCAUACGCAGUUCAGACUUGCAAUGAAUCUUUCGUGAAAUAUGAAUUUAAUGUCAUUACUACAGCAUGUUACAACCUUUGGCUCUACGAUUUAUGUGAUGUCUAUUUGGAAUCAGUGAAACCAGUGUUUGCAUCAGGGUCGCCAGCAAGUAUAGCGGCUGCACAAGAAACCCUACUUUUGUGUUUAGACACGGGUUUAAGGUUACUUUCACCUUUUAUGCCCUUUAUAACUGAGGAGCUUUAUCAAAGGCUUCCACUGCCAAAUCCAGCCCCCAGUAUUUGCGUUGCCUCCUACCCUGAACCUGAGGAAUAUAAAUUCCGUGAUGUGCAACUAGAGGAAGAGGUAGAAUUCAUGCAGAAAAUUGUUCACAGUAUUCGAUCGGCUCGUUCUGACUACAACCUUGCAAAGUCUGCAAAAGUCGAAGCGUAUGCUGUUUGCACGUCAGAUAGCGUGAAAAACAUCAUAGAAAAGUUCUCAUUGGUGGUGCAAAAAUUGGCUCUGUGCAGCCAGUUGGAAACAUCUCAGGCUCCUCCGGCUGGGUGUGCCAUUCUUACUGUUUCGGAUAGAUGCCAAAUUCAUCUCUCUCUCAAGGGUCUCAUAGAUGUCUCAAAAGAGGUUGAAAAACUGAAGAAAAAACAGGAGAGUUUGGAACAAACUAUCUCUAAGUUGAAACAGUCUAUGUCAGUUCCUGACUAUAGCACAAAAGUUCCUGAAGGAGUACAGGCUGCGAAUACAGAAAAACUGGGCCAAUCUGAAGGAGAACUAAUCAGAUUAGCAGAUGCUUUAGCAGCGUUGAGUACGAUGGACCAAUAAUGACUUUCAGUUUACCCUGAAUGCGCAUUAUAGAUCAAGAACAUUUUAUGAUCCUACACGGUCUAAUAUUGUCAAGGAAACGUCCACUCUCAGAAUUCUGGAACCUUUACAAAAGCCUUUAAAUUAUGGAAUAUCUUACUAAUUUGAUGAAAAUGUAUCCAUUAUUUUAGACGUACAUAUCAUCAGAGCGUCAUUAGAACAUUAUUGUAUUUUCUUCAAUGAGACAAAUUAAGGACUGAGAGAAGGGGGUGAGUCAGCCUUUGAGCCUUUCAAAUGAUCAGUAAUUUUUUAUCAGUGUCUUUCUAUGAUGAGAUGAAGUAAGGUCUACAAAAAGUAUUGAUUAUGUUUUUAUAUUCUUUUAUUUUGUCGCUUUGAUGAAGAAUCAGAAAAUCUAGCAGAGAAUUUAGAAGCAAGUCACAGAAAGGUGCCGACCACAUUUCAUCAAUUGUACGUAUUGUCAUUUUAUCAAUACUAUAUGCAGGAAAUUAUGCGGAAAAUAACAAAAACUGUUUACAUAGUAUGUGGUUGAUUUUUGCACUCCUGUGUAUUCUGAUGUGAAAGGAUUUUUUUGUAAAAAUUUCUUUGACUCCUACCGGUCAUAAACUAAUUUUGAAGUAAAAGUACACUCUAUGUGUAAACCAUAAAAAUUUCUAACAAGGAUGUGAGAUGACCGGUUGUAUGGGAAAACUUAGUGUGAAUAUCUUAGAAUUUUUUAAUGCACAGUUUUUUUAAGUAAGAAGCGCAUUCAGCGUAAAGGAAGAUUUCUCCUUAAGAAGUACGAUACUUCUCUAUCUCCCAUCCUACACGGAAAAAAAAAGUGCUGAAGUAACAUCCCUGAUGUUAAAAAUCUGCGCGACAACUCUUGAAUGUUGAUAUGAAUGCUACGGUUGUUAAUUCAACGUAGCUAGGAUGUCACUUUAACAGCCAGAGUGUCCAUAACAACAUUCAAGAGUUGUUGCACAGAUUUUAAACAUCAGGGAUGUUAUUUCAGCAAUUUUUUUUUUCCGUGUAUCCUUCUCAAUCUGCCCCAUUGUCAUUAAUGUAUCUUCCAACAAAUUGUGAUGCUUCUGAGGAAAAAAGGACUUGAGGUGAAAAAAAUAAAAAUUUGGAUGAAUGUAUUUUCAAAUUAAAGGGUUAAUUCUGAAUCAUUUGCAGCAAAAAUCGUAAAAAAAAAACCCCCAAAAUCUACUUUUUAAAAUUUCAACAACAUGUUUUUGAGAUGUGAAAGAAUUGAUUAGCAUAGAAAACCACGCAUAAUCAAUAAAUAUGACCAAAACUGUGAUUUGUUGCACUCCUGAAAAAUUUGGCAACUCACCUCAAAUCACUUCUUCCUCGGGUGCAUCCCAGUUUAAGAUUUCUUAAAUGAGAUCUUACUGGUGAAAAAUUUUACUUUGUGAUACCAGUGAGAAAAAUUAAUGAUGCUUUCAUCGCGUUAUAGAAUCAUUGAAAUUAGUUUUUACUGAAAAUUUGUGAAUACUUAGAAUCAUAGAUAGUCAAUUUAUUCUACUGAAUUACGUUGCAACUGUCUGCAAUUUUCAAAGCCGUACCCUAACUGUUGAAUACAGUUGCUUAAUUUAAGUAACAUAACGUAAAAGUUUGAUCAGAUGCUGAAUUGAAACUUUUAACAAAACUGUUUUGUCAAAUGAGGUGAUUAUUUAUUUUGUACCAUAUUAAUUUAUUUCGAUAUUAAAUAAGCCAAAAGUAA